AUGGGCAGCAAGAACUUCCGCGGUGGCGCCCUCAGCCAGAAGAAGACGCCCACCAUCCCAAUCAGACCCACACUUCCUACGGACAGCGUCCGCAAGCCAGCGCUACCACCACCCGAAGUCAUCGAUGUCUUCGUGGGCGACAUUCUUCUAGGGCUGAGCACCAAGAGCGACAAGGAGAGGCUCCCAGUUGCCAAUGUUGUCUCCUCACCCGAUUGCAAUUCCAAUAAGCAGCUACACCUUAUAAUCAACGGCGUGGCCGAAGAGCCUACCGUCAGCGCUGUCAAGGUCUGUCUUGACUGGAUGGUCUUAAACUCGGGCGUCAAUGGCAAGUCCAGCGGUCUCGUCCCUCUUGCACCCGUCGACAUCGAGGAGCACUCCACAACUACCAUCAUCGAUAUAUAUAGCGCGGCGUUUUGCUUGGACAUGCGUCCAGUCACUAUCACGAUCCAACCUCUGCGUGCUGUGAUCAUGGCGCGCCUGACCAACAACAUGCCAGCCGUCGAGCUGCUGACCUAUGUCCACGCCCGCGUCCCCGACUUCGACUCUGUGCACACCCGUGCGAUCACCGCGUACUUCGAGUGGUUUGAUGGUACGCCGUAUGGUCGCCUCACAAACGCAGAGAACAAGAAGAUCUGCGACUAUGUCGAGACAGACGCGGGGUUCAACCAGAUCUUCUACGAGGUUCAGAAGAGCCGUCGUCAGAAGGCAUACUUCAAGUCUAAGGCGGCGAAGGCGGCGAAGCGUGCUGCAGCCGAGCGCAAGUUGCAGAAGGGCUGGGAGGGUCUCACCACCACCCCGGCCACGGAACCGAGUGCUGACAACAUGAGCGAGGUCACGGCUACCGCGGCCCCUGCUGCCACCACCGCUUCCUCGGUACAAUCAUCUCCAGCUGAAGAGAAGGGUAACGGCAAGGGUGUAGGUGGGAAGCACGUGCCGGAUGCUUGA